AGGUUCAGAGUUGACCGACCCUUGUCUCAAGUUCCGGAAACGAUCGGAAUUGUUUUAAUAAAGCGACAGGACUUAGUGGGGCGUGUGUUUUUCAGUACCUGUUAAACAUCAACCGACAUACAGUACAUCCUGAAGGGUUGGCUUUUAAAUAUGUUUUAUAUACGGAACUGAACCUCCCACGUCAACCACGCUUUACUUCGAGAACAUCCAGUUAGCUGGUGGUUAGCUCGAAAACGAUCCCGAUUAACCUAAUUUUCAUGCGUUUAAAAUAAUGAUUUUGCUGCUGCCAUAUCUUGUUUGGCAGUCGGAAUCUUUUAAUCUAGUGGGUUUGCUGUUAUGUUUACUCUGACUUGAAUUGAAGUGGGUUCGGAACAGAAUCCUGCCAUUCUUUUUCACACUUCUGUUAUGGAGGAACCCGAGUAAGAUCUGUUUCUCUGAGGUGGGAGUCUGGCUUUACGGCUCGUCAUGAAAGCUCUAGGCGCGCGGUCCGCGUUCUACGUGGGCUUUGUGGUAGGCACGUGCAGUCUGUACCUGUUCCUGCGUCAGGUCGGGUUCACUCGGAACCUUGGGACUCAUGGAACGGAGCCACACGGGAAAACCGUGGAGGAGAUGAUCGAAGAGGAAAGCAAGAACUGGAAGAAGGAGAGGUCAGCUCUCUUCAACCUCAACCACCCGCACCAUACAGGAGAGGAUGGUUUAUUAGCUGAUGAUCUCUACAAACGUGUGCGUGUUCUGUGUUGGGUUAUGACCAGUCCCAGUAACCUUGAAAAGAAAGCUCGGCACGUGAAAGCCACAUGGAGUCGCCAUUGCAACAUCGUAGUGUUCAUAAGCUCAGUGGAUGAUCCAGAUUUUCCCACAGUUGGCCUUAACACCAAGGAGGGUCGGGAUCAGCUAUACUGGAAAACCAUACGCGCUUUCCACUACGUCAUGGAGAAACACGGGGAUGAGGCGGACUGGUUUCUGAAAGCAGACGAUGAUACUUAUGUUAUUGUAGACAACCUGCGCUGGAUCCUGGCCAAUCAUUCACCCGAAGACCCUAUAUAUUUUGGUCGUCGGUUCAAGCCGUAUGUUAAACAGGGCUACAUGAGCGGUGGGGCUGGAUACGUCCUCAGUAGAGAGGCUCUGAGGAGGUUUGUGGAAGGAUUUAGCAACAAAGUUUGCACACAUACCUCCUCGGUGGAGGACUUGGCUAUGGGACAGUGCAUGGAGAAGGUUGGCGUUUUAGCGGGAGACUCCAGAGACACCAUUCAGAGAGAGACUUUCCACCCAUUUGUACCAGAUUCCCAUCUCACUGGCACAUUUCCCAAGACCUUCUGGUAUUGGAACUACUGUUAUUACCCCAUUGUGCAGGGACCCCAGUGUUGUUCAGAUCUGGCUGUUUCUUUCCACUAUGUGGAUGCAUCUAAAAUGUACAUGCUGGAAUACUACACCUACCACUUGCGUGCCUUUGGCUACAAAUACCGCUAUCAACCCCCUGAACCCCAUAUACCAGAAGACACAGCUCCAGUCCCGGACAAUGUGGAGGUCGUGGACGUGGUGCAAAAUCAGGAGGUAGAAACAGAGGAAGAAAAUAAAUCCCCCGAAAAAAAUGAAAAGCUAUAGCAGCUUUAUGGUUAAAUUUUUUAAGAAAUGACAUUUAAAAUCACUAAAUAACUUUUUGGGAUGGCUUUGGUUGUGAUCUUUCUCCUUUGGUCUAUUUGUUUUGAAUGAUGGCUUAAAAGUCCUCUUUUUACAGCACAGAGAUGCGUGCAUUUAUUUGUGGUUUAAUGAACCGGUACCGUUUGGAAGGGUGUUUCUCUAAAUAAUGCAUUUCAUGUGAAUGUUUAGAUUUAUAUAUACACGUUUGACAGUACAGAAUUGUAUUAAAUGAAGGUUUAAACAUGUAGACCCAGAGUGUGCUGUCCAUGGGAUGUGAUUUUGUUUCUGAGCCCGCCUUAACAGCAUACAAGCAAGAUUUGCACUCUGUGAAUGCGUCUACAUCCCGUGGCAUUUAUUUCUUAUUAUGGGCAUUUUUUUACGCACAAAAUCCGGCCGCCUAUGAUGUAACAGCAAUGCCAUGUUCUGUCUCCAAAAGAAAAGAAAUUCUAUCUUUUUUCUUUUGGUUUAUUCCUAUGAAUCAGUGCCUCUGCUCUGAUCCGGAGAAACAAAGCAUUUCUAAUGUGCAUUCUGUCUCACGUAUCAUGUUUUUUAUAUCUUGCAGUCAAACGCACUCAAGAUCCGGCAGUGUUUCACAAUACCUGUAUAAUAGAUUUGCCAAAGGUGUGGUGAAGUUUAUUUUGAUUGUUUUACUGAUGUAAUCCAAGGUAAACAUCCUUUAGCCCACAUGAAGAUGCUAAAUUUCCUUAAUCUUAAAGUAAAAAGAACUGCUAGAAUAUGACUUAGCUGAACUUAAGGAUUCGUUUGGGUGAGCUGGCAGUGAGCUUUUUUUUGUUUCGGAUGCCUGAUUGUGAAGUUUUGGGUGACCUUCAGUGUGGCAACUUGUGUUCCUGGUACAAUAAUUGUUUACUGAUGUUAAUAUCAUUGCUUUAAUUUCUCAAAUAUCUGCAUAUCAAUUAAACAUGGACCGGUGUUGGUAACUUUCAAACAGAAGCAUCAUCAUAAUAAUGCACUGUAGAAGUCUAUUAUUACUCUAUCUGUCCAUUUUACAUCUAAAUCACAAUGUGAAUGACACUUUUUUUUCCAUUAAACCUCAAGCAGCAAGACAAGUAUUGCUGUUGCCUUGUCAUGAAAACUGUAAUGAAGAACGUUGUUCUGUUUUCCCCCAGAUACAUUUAUCUUUACCUGCCCUUGCUUUUUGGUCUGAGCCCUAUUUAGUUUCGACACUUGGCAAAAUUGUGAAGGGAUUGAAAUGAAGUGUAUUUUAAUAGUUGAACUAUACAAUGAUCUUGAAAUAAAGGAGUUUGAAUAAAUACCA